UACUGGCUGUACCUUUAAGUAAUACUGAUUCAGAUGAUAUAUUUAUAUCAGAAACAAUGAUUUAUAAUAUAGAAAAUUCAUUACAAUGCACUACUGAGAAAUGUUUCUUAUUAUCAAUGAAAGAUAAUGAUAGUUUUGCCAAGGAAGCUAAAAUUUCUAUGAUUUCUGUACCAUAUGAGAUCUCAGACAAUUUAAUAAAUGCUCUAUUAGAGAGUUAUUUCUCUGAACCAAAAUUUUUGAGAAGGAAUGAUUUAUUUGGUAUUGAUAUAAGAGAACAAAUAUUGGAUCAAAUGUAUUUACAUAACAAUCCUACAACAUCUGUAAUAUAUUUUAAAGUCAAUUCUAUUACAAUGAGUAGUAAUGAAAAUGAUGGCUCUACUAACAGUGCUUAUAUUUUACGUGGAGAAACAACACUUAUACAAGAGCCAAAUGUACAUAGUUAUCUACCUCCAAGACAUUUUUAUUCUGAUCAAUCCAAAGAAAUGAAGUUAUAUCCAGCGUGUUUGGAAGUACUUUUAGAACAUUUAGAACAUUGUAUUUCGCCAUUUAUUAAACGUGAUGUCCAAUUACCCUUAAAGCCGAUAUUCCUUAUCAAGGGUGCACAAGGUUCAAAUAAAAGUACAUUAAUUCAAAUCUUGGUUGAGAGGAUGGGCUUACAUUUUCUUAAUGCAGACUUUGCUGAAGUUCAAGCCUUAACAUCGGCACAGACAGAGGCCAAACUGCGUAUUGUAUUGCACAACGCCGAACAGUCGGUGCCAUGUAUGCUUUGCCUAAACAAUAUAGAGGUGUUUGGAAAAAAUUCUGAAGGUCAGAAGGACGAAAGAAUCAUAUCGACUUUCUUGAACGAAAUAAAUUCAUUGUAUGAGAAGAAAUUGAAAUAUCCAAUUGUUAUAGUAGCCACGACAAGCGAGUCUGAUAUACCUGCUGAAUUAAACAGAAUUUUUAUCGAAACCAUUCACGUGGAGAAUCUAGAUCAAAAAGAAAGAACGGAUUUAAUCUCAUGGUUUCUCGCACGAAGAAAUCUCGAUUAUCAAGCAAAUCUAUUAAAAAUUUCCGGUAUAUGUUCAGAUUUCAGAUACUCAGAUUUAUCAGCGUUAAUAUUGCACGCCGUGAAAUUCCAUUGUAAAAAUAAUGCUAUGAAUUCGAAAUCUUUAAUUCUUACGCAGGACGAUUUUGACAAAGCUUACGAAUACAUGCAAUCGAUAUAUACAGAUUGCAAAGGUGCACCGCGCGUACCAAAAGUUUAUUGGGAAGACAUAGGUGGUCUUGCGAAUUUAAAACAUGAGAUAAUGCGUCGAAUUCAGUUACCUCUGAUGAACGCGCUGGGUUUCGGACAGUCUGGACUUCUUUUGUACGGUCCACCUGGGACUGGAAAGACGCUUCUAGCUAAAGCCGUAGCAACAGAAUAUCAACUUCAUUUUCUAUCCGUCAAGGGUCCAGAAGUAUUAAAUAUGUAUGUCGGUCAAAGUGAAAAGAACGUCAGACAAGUUUUUGAGCGAGCGAGGGACGCAGCUCCGUGCAUAAUAUUUUUCGAUGAACUGGACUCGUUGGCCCCCAAACGUGGACGAAGCGGUGACAGUGGUGGCGUAAUGGACCGUGUAGUAUCUCAACUGCUUGCCGAGAUGGAUGGUCUUGAUUGCUCUAGCAACAUUUUCAUUAUAGGGGCUACAAACAGGCCAGAUCUCAUAGACCCCGCUCUCCUCAGACCUGGUAGAUUCGAUAAAUUAUUAUAUGUAGGCAUUCAUUCCGAUCGAGAUUCAAAACACAAUGUCUUGAAAGCGUUGACGCGUAAAUUUAAGUUCCGUGAGGGUGGAGAUGAAUUGGAAAUGCUUAUAGAUCAAUUACCCAUUCAUACAACCGGUGCCGAUUUGUAUUCCGUUUGCUCGAAUGCAUGGUUGAACGCUGCGCGUAAGAUCUUAGAAUGUUGUCAAGAUAGUUCCGAAGAAAUUAAACUGAACGAGUCUAUUGUGGUAGAGUUUGAGGAUUUUUUAAAGGCUGCGCGCGAUUUAGUCCCUUCGGUCAGUAAAGAAGAGGCGGAAAGAUAUAAAAGAAUGCAAACAGAAUUAUCAUCAGUAUCGUAAUAUGCUUUUCGUGAGAAGCAUAUUAAGUCAAAUAUCUUUCAAUCAUAUAAACGAGGUAUCGUUUUAUUUCGGAAAAAUAUUGUAAGACAAUUUUUACAAUGAAUAGUUAAAUCAAGAGUAUCUACAAUCUAUCCUAGAUAUUGCACCAAACGGUUAAAUCUUACAUGCUAGUGCGAUGAAGGACACAGCAAAGUGCCAAACCGUUUUUAUUUUCUUUCUUUCGGGGACACGGUUUUCGAAACGGUUCCCCGUCUUCAUUAUACGUUACAAUGUUGUAUCAAUUUAAAAUGCAAUGUAGAAAAAUGUAAUAACUGGAUCAAAUAUGAGAUUUUCUACGAUCUUCCUUACGGAUAUAGUAACUUGGUUUGAAUGAUUAAAUGCAAGUUGAUGAUGAAUCAAAUAAACGUGUAUUUUUUUAA